AUGAUGCGCCCUCAGCAGCGUAGAGACUACGCGCAAGGCUACCCACCUCAGAUCUAUGGUAACCAGAUGGGCGGCCCCAACGGUCCGCCCAUGGGCGCCGGCGGUCCCCAGCAGAUGAACGGCAUGGGUGGCGGCGUCGGCGGCGGUCCCGGCCCGCAGCAGAUGCAGCAGAACCAGGGCAUGCAGCUUCAGGGCGGAGGCAUGGGCCCUAACUCUGCAUCCGACGGCCAAAGCAACUCGCAGGCGGCCCAGAAUCCCGAGAUGAACCUCGCCAACGUCCUGCACUAUCUGCAGUCUGAGUGGCGUCGAUGGGAGCGUGACCGCAACGAGUGGGAGAUUGAACGCGCCGAGAUGAGGGCGCGUAUCGCCCUCCUUGAGGGGCAGCGCAGGUCCGCCGAGAACCUCAAGGUCGAUUUGCUACGCCGCGUCAAGAUGCUUGAAUUCGCUCUUCGUCAGGAAAGGACAAAGGCAUCAACGACCUCGCGCCCGGUCUCAUCUGGCACGCCCCCGCCCAUCCCUCCGUCUCGUCUCGUCGCGCUCAAGGACGAGGAGACGUCAUCGAACCGCGACGAGAAGGAAGGGAGCCCCGGAAGCAGUGAGGGUGGCGAUGACAUCGAGCGCUCGCAGCAAUCAAAAGCGAACGGAUCUGCCGUGUCUAAAGUUGCUUCUCAUCGGCCUUCGCCGGACACGAGCGGAUGGAAGAACCUCAGCGGACCCCAGCGGGAUCCUAAGGCUCGCGCUCGCAGCCGCGAGUACCUGAAGCAAUGUCUGCAGGAAGUCACUUAUCUCACGUCGCCCGGAGCUCUGAACCCUCUUCCCCCGCGAGCUCCUGUUGCUGUCGACGAGAAUGCGGCGUCCAACGGCGAGCCGCCCGGAGCUCUUGAUCGACCGAAGAAGACGCUCCCGGACCAGCCGCUGCCUUCCUUAUUCAGCGUAAAGGCUCCGCCCUCCGUGGUGCAGCAGGCUCAGUCCGAAGCGCCCAAGGAGGAGAGCGCUUCCUCUGGAUCGGGCAGCCAGCAGCAGCAGCAGAGCUAUUCAGUCCCCAACGGAGCCGGAGCUGAGACGUCGGCGCCCCCUCCGGCUGCUCCCCGACCCGCCGACCCCACCCCUGCUGGGAGUUCUAUCGCAGGAACAUCAGACGCCCCUCCCUCACCAGCACCUCGCACGGUAGGCCUGCCCGAGAGCGAUGACGCCUCAGGGAAGCAGGAGCCUGGUAAAGCUCAGACUCAACAGCAGCAGGAACAGCCCCGACAGGUCCUGACUGCCAUCUACAAGCCCGAGUCCAAGGCUGCGUGGCGCGACCAGCUGCGCGCUGCAAACGAGGCCGCCAGCAAGGUGCCCUGGCCACCAAGGCGCGCCAGUGACGAGGAACAGUUAGCUACGUUGACGCUGAUCGACGAGGAGGAGAACGAGACGGACGGAGGAUCAGACCGCAUCUGGACGACGCGGCGAACACUGAAGAGCCACCUCGACAUUGUGCGCGGCGUCGCCAUCGCGCGGGGGCCCGACCUCGUGCUCGCUAGCGGUGGCGACGACUGCACGGUCAAGGUAUGGGCGCUCGACACGCCAAGCGUCAUGUCGUCCAAGCCUCACCCUUCAUCUGAACUCGAGCCAGUCGUGACUUAUCGCGGUCACACCAUGCCGGUGACGACUGUCACGCUCUCAGACAGCCUCGGUGUAGUUAUUUCAGGGUCGAUGGAUUCCACGAUCCGCGUGUGGAAGCUGCCGCCCCGCGACCACGACCCGUACGCCCCGUACGACGCCUCGGCCGCGAUCCAGACUCUCGAGGGACACACCGACGUUGUCUGGGACGUGUGUCUGCUUCCAGCGCGACCGGAGCGCAACGGCUCGACCGCGCCGAACGGCCUCACUCGCCGAGCAGAGAGCACGCUUGUAUCUGUGUCUGCUGAUGGCACGGCCAAGGUCUGGGAGGAGCGCAACGGGCGCUGGACGCUGCGGGCGAGCUACUCGGACUUUGGCGAGGGCGUUACGCCGACGUGCCUCGCGCCCGACAACCAGGAUUACUCGCGUGUCCUCAUCGGUCUUUCGAACGGUCUCGUCAAGGUCUACUCUGUCCAGGAGGACCGCGAGGUUGCGACGCUCGGCCAGGAGGGUUCGCAGGUCAACGCCAUUGUCAGCCACCCGACGAUGCCGCUUGUCGUCACGGGACACGAGGACGGGUACCUGCACUUCAUCGACCUGAAGCCCGCUGAGGGUACGCCGCCCGCCCCAGGCCUCCUCGCCCACCCGGCUCCUAUCACGAGCCUUGCCCUCUCCCCGCUCUCGCCCAUGGGAAUCCUCAGCGCCAGCGUCGACUGCAGCGUCCGCCUCUGGGACCUGCAGCGCAAGACGUCGCUGCAGGACCUCACGGGACACCGCCAGCGCUCAGACGAGGGCGUCACGUACGUUGCGUCGCACCCCGAGCUGCCCAUUGUGGCGAGUGCGGGUGCCGACGGAGUCGUGCGACUGUGGGGUGCGGGUUAG